AAAAGCGUCAGAGAAGCAGAUACACAGAGGGAGAGAGAGGGUCGCAGAUAAGGGGCAAAGAUACAAGGACACAGAUACAAGGACAUAGAUAGGACAGAUACAAGGACCCAGAUACAAGGACAUAGAUAGGACACUACAAUGCUGAUCUUAGGAAAUGUCUGCGUGUGGUUGGCUCUGAUAUACCCAAUCCUUGGGCAAAUGAAUAACGGUGCAGGCAACUUUGGUGCAACUUAUUCCAACUUCAAUCCACUUGGUGGAUCCUAUUCCAACUUCAAUCCACUUGGUGGAAGUAAUUCCAACUUCAAUCCAUUUGGUGGAUCUUAUUCCAACAUCAAUCCACUUGGUGGAUCUUAUUCCAACUUCAAUCCACUUGGUGGAAGUAAUUCCAACUUCAAUCUAUUUGGUGGAACUUAUCCCAAGUACAGUCCAUUCGGUCUAAACUUUGGCUCCAAGAGCGGAUCACUUGCUUAUCCAGUACAGUAUAAAGAUGACUUAAAGCUAUCUGGCAGAGCCGUGUUUGCUACCUCAGACUACGGGCCAACAGGUCCUAGUUACGGGCCAACAGGUCCUAGUUACGGGCCAUCAUCAACUGGCCAAAAAGCAGGGCCAGCAUAUGGAGCCAAGACUUACAGCAACGGGCUUGCAGUCACCAUCUCACAGGAAGGUCGAGGUGGAUAUCUGUUCGGAGAAUCUGCUAAAGGUCAAGGCCUUUCAAUGAACCUACAGAUCCAGAGCUCACGUGGCGGAUCCUACUACAUCGCGCUGACGUCAUUGGCUAGAGCCCGCGACGGCUGCAACCAGGACACCCUGGGGAGCUUGUUAAUUAAUCCCAGCACCGUCUUCAGCUUCUAUGGGGGAUAUCGAAAUCCCGAGUUGCCAGAUGGUGUCCUUGAUCUUGUAGAGCUGAGCCCUAACGUCCAGAAGACAAUCGUGAUUGACAGAAUUCCGGGGGUCGAUAAGAUCCAGGAUUUAGCUGGUAGAGGUGUUGCUAUUUGUGCAGCAGACGGACGGGAAGGCGGGAAAGAGCCGUGCAGUGGUCUGAUUGUUGCCUGUGUCGGCCUGGCCUACAGCAAGGAUGACGUCAGCUUGGGCCCUUUACAGCAACCACAGUACCAAACGUCCCAGCCCUACCAACCCACCAACCCGUCCCAGCCCUACCAACCCACCAACCCGUCCCAGCCCUACCAACCCACCAACUCUGGACAAGCUCAAGACUACAACAAUCAACAAGGCUAUAACGGCAACACGCAAACUUCUGGAAGCGGUAACUAUGGCGACGAGGGAGUGGACACAUACGAUGCCUCGAGCGGACCAAUCAAAAUGGACUAUGAGCCCAACAAGAUCCAGAGACCGGCGGCCAACAAUGGGCCGGUCAUAUAUGGGACUCGACGUUGACCGAUCUCAACAUGGAACUUAACGUUGACCGACCAUAACGUCUCUUCAAAAUCAUGAAUAAAUUUGUUUGCUUUGA